GCCAGCUCGACGGCGCGGCGCCGGUAGUGGCCGUAUAGCUGCACCUCAGAGGCCGGCCUCACUGAUUCGCACCCUCCUCUGGCAGCCUUAGCUGAGGGCGCAUCGAUUUCACUGCUUGCAUUGCGAGUGGCGGCGCAUUGGCCACCCGAGAUCACCACCUGCACCAUACGCGUCGCAAAGCGCAGCCGACGCGACGUAAGAUGUUUCGUAAGGCAGCAUCGCGCCUCGCGGGCGGCACCGUCGGCUACGUCGGCUGCGUCGCUUUACAUAACACGGCCUACCCGCUGCACGUCGUCUGGGAUUUAGAUGAAACGUUAAUCUCAUCCGAGCGCAUCGACAACAAGUGGCGCGCGGACCAGGCCAUGCAAAUCUUGCGCCUGUCUUCCAGUGAAUGCGAGCACGUCGACGACGACGCGCUGCACUUCAUCUCAACGAUAAGGCCGAACGCGGCGCAAGUACUUAAAGUACUGCACGCGUUACCGGGCUGCCGCCAGAGCGUGUCGACGGCCGCGUCCGCGGGCUACGCGGCGAACGUGGUGAGGCUGCUCGAGGAAGCGGCCGGUUCAAACCUCUUCGACAAGAUCGAAGCGGACCAGCCCUCUUCCGGGAAAGCUCUGACCAUCUUCUCGCCGUUGCGGCGCGGUGUAUUAAUAGACAACCGCCAGUCCUGCCACUCCACGCAACCGGGCAACGGCAUCUGGGUGCCCGACUUCGACGCGUCCGCACGAGUCCUGGAGCUGUCGGGCGGGACCUACGCGCUGGGCGGCGCGUAUGCCGUGCGCGCGUCGAAGCAAGCGAGACAGGCGCGGUGGCCCCUCGAGCCUAGACUGUUCUCGGGCGCCAUUGUUGGGGGAGGGACGGCCUUCGAUAGUAAUGGAGAUGCUUCCUCAAAACCACGCAUGAAGACUCGCAAAACGCUCGCGGCCUUAAGAAGGCGGCGCACGGAGGAGGAGAACGAGGUCGCGGAUCGCAUGGCCGUGCGCCACAAGUUACUUGUUGCUGCCUUCGCUGAAGACGACAGUCGCCGCCGAAGGAACGCGCGCAUCCGCGAGCUCGUCGCGCGGGCGAAGAGCGACGGCGGCGCCGCGUUACUUGUUGUGGAUCCGAAGAACGUGCAGGCCGCGCGCGUGCCAUCGGACGUCGACUUUCCGGUGAUCACGGCGGGCUCCGCGGCGGCGCUCGCCGUGGCGAACCCGCACGCGCGGAACCACGACCCGCGGACGACGGUCACGUCGGCCCAACUCGUGCCGCCGCGCGACGACGUCCUCGUGAGUGUGCUGUAUCGGCUCUUGCUGUGCUGGCUCGUUCCCGACGUGCGCUGGGUGCUGCCGGGCGUCGAGGCGCGCUUCGGCAGCGCUCCGGCGCCGGGGCGCGUCCCGGGGAUUCAGUAG